CCCACUAAGCGCGACCGAGAACGGCCGGCUGAGCCCCCUUUCUCCCGCACCUGCGCAAAUGGGCGUCCUCCUCGUCGGAACGUUCCCCAGAGCACCCGCCCUCUCCCUGCGGGGGGCGCGCCCUGCUCGCACCGCGCAUGCACGUUCCCGCCUCCGGCGCGCCUGGCGCGCGCGCACUGAAUGCUCGUGCAGGAAGCAGCGGUAACGGUCAGAGACGCGCGCCAUUCCCCCUACAUCCCCCCCAUCCCCCCAAAGCUGCUGCGCUACUGCCCCCUCCCCUCCCUUCCCCCUCCCCGAAUUCUCUCCCUUUCGGAAGCCGUGGCAGACCUUGCUUGCUUGUUUGCCGGAGGUGUUGUGUUCCAGUACGUGCACGCCAGGAAUGCACGCUCUUGCCUGCAUAUAGAGAGAAAUCGCCAUCGGUUCAGAACGAAACCAGUAGGACCGGGACUCAAAAUGAUUUUCGUGGUGUUGAUUUCUGAGUUCAGGGUCCUCUGGAUAAGGGUUAACCUACCUUCAACACUUUGUUCAGAUAUUAAGAAAAAAAUCCUUCAUUGUUCAUGGAGUUUUUCAUCAGUAUGUCUGAAACCAUUAAAUAUAAUGACGACGAUCACAAAACUGUAUUUCUGAAAACAUUAAAUGAGCAACGGUUGGAAGGAGAAUUUUGUGAUAUAGCUAUUGUUGUUGAAGACGUGAAAUUCAGGGCCCACAGGUGUGUGCUUGCUGCUUGUAGUACCUACUUUAAAAAACUUUUCAAAAAACUGGAAGUUGACAGCUCAUCAGUAAUAGAGAUAGAUUUCCUUCGGUCUGAUAUAUUUGAGGAAGUGCUAAAUUAUAUGUACACAGCCAAGAUUUCAGUUAAGAAAGAAGACGUAAAUUUAAUGAUGUCUUCUGGUCAGAUUCUUGGUAUAAGAUUUUUGGACAAACUCUGUUCUCAAAAACGUGAUGUUUCUAGUCCAGAAGAUAAUUCACAAUCAAAAAAUAAGUACUGUCUUAAAAUAAAUCGAUCAAUUGGUGAAUCUAAUGAUAAUCAAGAUGAUGAGGUUGAAGAAAUUGGAGAUCAUGAUGAUAGUCCAUCAGAUAUGACAAUGGAAGGAACUCCUCCUAGUCAAGAAGAUGGCAAAUCACCAACUGCUACUUUAAGAGUUCAGGAAGCAAUUCUGAAAGAAUUAGGGAGUGAAGAGGUUCGAAAAGUGAACUGCUAUGGUCAAGAAGUAGAGUCCAUAGACACUGCUGAAACAAAAGAAUUAGGAUCACAAACCCCUCAAGCUCUAGCAUUUAAUGAUGGCAUAAGUGAAGUCAAGGAUGAACAGACACCAGCAUGGACCACAGCAGCUGGUGACAUGAAAUUUGAAUAUUUGCUUUAUGGUCACAGAGAGCAGAUUGCAUGUCAAGCAUGUGGUAAAACAUUUUCAGAUGAAGCACGAUUGAGAAAACAUGAAAAACUUCAUACCGCAGAUAGACCCUUUGUUUGUGAAAUGUGCACUAAAGGCUUUACCACUCAAGCCCACUUGAAAGAGCAUCUAAAGAUCCACACAGGCUAUAAGCCAUAUAGCUGUGAAGUAUGUGGAAAGUCUUUUAUUCGUGCUCCAGAUCUAAAGAAGCAUGAGAGAGUUCACAGUAAUGAAAGGCCAUUUGCCUGCCACAUGUGUGACAAAGCUUUCAAACACAAGUCCCACCUGAAAGAUCAUGAAAGAAGACACAGAGGGGAAAAGCCUUUUGUCUGCGGCUCUUGUACUAAAGCAUUUGCCAAAGCUUCUGAUUUAAAGAGACAUGAGAACAAUAUGCACAGUGAAAGGAAACAAGUAACCACAACCAGUGCUCUCCAAAGUGAAACAGAACAGUUGCAGGCAGCAGCAAUGGCUGCUGAAGCAGAACAGCAGCUUGAAACUAUAGCUUGUAGUUAAAGACAAAAGUAACAGUGUGUUAAAAAUGUUUGGUCUGAUGAGCUCGCCAUGGUGAAAAGUAUUUUUAAGGGGAUUUAGAGAAUAGAAAUAUAGUUUGAAAAUUGCAGCAAAGACUACCCUAUCAGUGGCAUUAAUCAUUGGAAAAGGCUUUGAUUUAGGCAACAGUCCAACCAUAUAAAUGAAAAGGCCAGACUUAGCCAGUACUUUACUACUCUGUUAAAACUGGGUUUCAGUGCAUGCCUAGUAAACUCUAUGCAUGUGGAAUGGAAGGCGUUACACUCCAAUGCACAAUGAAAUUAAGCCAAAAUAUUGGGAUUUAAAUUAGCCUUGUUCCAUUGAUUCUAGUUUCUUUGGCAUCCCAGUCCUAAGUAUGUUUGCUGCAAUCAAGGGAAUCCUUAAAUUCCUUAGAGGUUGUCAGUUUAGGAUAGUGAGAAAUAACAGGAUAAGCUGCUGUGUCAAAAUGUGCACCCAUUAGCAAUUCAUUGGAUUGCAGCUGUUACGUAGAAGUAAGCCUCAUGGAUUUCAGUGGAAAUUAGUUCCAUGUAAGUAUGACAAGAUAAGCUUAACUCUGAAUCCUUUGGUUUCAUUGGCCUGCAGGUGGUGGUGUUAGUGAGUAUUGAGCAACUUAAAUUAUGUCUGCUACAACCUUUUUUUAUUUUGAAAUUAUGAAUUUGAGUGCAAAAAUAAUUUGAAGAUGAAAAAUGCAUUGUCCCUCUUACCAAAACUCAAAGGUAUGACUUUAGUCUUUCACGUAAUAGCUCUUUGCAGUUGUCUAGUAAUCCACUGUGACUGUCACUAAAAGUUUUUAAUGUAGCUGUGAGGGCAACUGAACAGUGAGAACUAUCUUGCUUCUUCUCCGGCUAGUGAGUUAGUGUACCCCAAGGUUUCUUUGUUUUUCCUGAUCGCCUGCAAUCCCAUGCAUAUUUACUUGGGAGCAAGCCACGCUGUACUUGGUGGGACUUGCUUGUAAGCAAACACAUACAAGAUUAGGCUGUAAGACACAAUAUACUUUGCUUAUCUCUCUAUUUGACGAAGUGGGAUAUGUUACAACCAAAGUGACAGAAAGUUUCCAUGAGAACCUCAGUGGCCCGAAUAACCUAUUGAGGGUGUUCUGGAUUGCACAAAAAGUAGGAUUCUAACUUACCUCUGUUUUAGUUUUACAAAUCAAUGUUAUGCAAGCAGAAGGGGUGCUCUGUCCACUCUCACUUAUCAGCAUUUGGGAUCAUUAGAACCACUUUCUGUCUUGCAGAUCUUUUUCCUCCCUGAGGCCCUUAUGUUUGUGCCUACAUUGUGCUUUCAUCUGCCUGCCCUGGCUUCAAGACAAAAAUUAUAAUUGCUAGCUGAAUUGUCUUUGUCUUAAUUGUAUUCCAAUAGGGAGCCCAAUCCUAAGAAAAUAGAAUUGAUGGGGAACAGCUGUGUAUGGUAAGGAAGGUGCAAAUCCCACUUAAUGAACUGACAUAGCCUCCAGGAUACUGCAGUCUGCAUGGCCAUGCAUAUACUCACUAUCCUGUCCCUUGCAUCAGCAUAGUUUAUUCUAGUGCAGACAGCUGAAGGGAGUCAAGGCAAUAGGAAGGAAGUGAAGAAACGUUUAAAGAGCAUCUCAAGGAAGGCAGGUUCAUUCUACAGUCAGCUGUAGCAAAUCCUUGCUUUCCUUCACAAGGUUCUUCUACUGGUCUUACAUGCUUGACAGUUAGGAAUAGCUUGAAGAGCUGCAGUUGUUUGUUCAGAAUAUCACACAAUUAGGUUGAGGUUUACUGUAGCAUAGUUUUAGAAACUGCAUCCUAGUCCUCAGUAGGCUAUGCCACUUCACACUGCAUGUUGGCAUUCACUACAAUGAUCUUCCAUAUCAAUUCUUCCAGGAGAAAACUAGAUAGCUAGGAGAAGGAUUAUAACCUAGUCUUUUCCCAAAGAUGGUAGUUUUCUGUAUGGAGGACAUUCAUUUGAGCUCUUCCUGCAGUCUAAGGUGUGUGGCUCAGCACCUCACUGAGAGCUAGGUUUUUAAAGCCUUUUCAUGAAACUUGGAGGAACUGGGAUGGUGGAAUGUAAUUUGAAAAGGAUGGAGAAAACAGAAAGGGACACAUAUCACUAUCCCCCUUUUCCUAAGGAAUUUAGAAUUUUACAGCUGAAUAUUGUUCUGCUUUCCUAUCAUUGUUCUCUGUCAAAAACUAAAUAUUCCACUAGACUUAACAGUGCAAUCCUAAGUGUGUUUAUGUGGGUAGUCCCACUGAAUUCACUGGAGAUUACUCCCUAAUUAGUAUGUAUAGAGUUGCAGCCUUUGGCUGCAUUAUAGUAGCUGUGAUAUUUCGUGUUUGAGAUUUAUCUCCCUAUCCUAAACAUGUCUAUUUGGAAGCAAGUCCUACUGAGUUCAGUUAGGCUGAUUUACUAUUAAGUGUGCUUGGGCUUGCAGCUGAAUGCCAGAGUUUAAAAGGUUCAAUUAUCCAGCUUCACAAAAUCACUAGCUUUUUGGAACAGAUUCUCUAUCCAUCCCUUUCAGAGAAGGAAGAUGCCUAGUGAGAGAUUCUUUGAGGGAACUGAUAAGAUGUCUGUUUGUGGGAUCAUUUCUGUAGAGGAGAACUGUAUGCUUGUGAAGUGAUUUCUUUUUGACCUACCCACCCUGAAUUCAUGAAUUGCUCUUUUUUGAAAUACAAACUUACCAUUCAGAUACGCUUUGUUUGAGUGAUCGCAGUUGCAUUUGUAAAGAACUGUAAGACGGGAUUUCCAUGCAGUAAGAGAAGCCUGAAGUCAGUCCAGGUCUUUAAAAGAAAUUUUCCCAUACAUUAUUUUAUAUACUUUUAUUAUCAAGACUAAAUUUUAAUUAACAUUGGAUAAAUAUGUUUUUUAACAUUGGGUUAGAAUGAGUUCUUAGAAUAUGUAUUUAUAAAUUAUUGUGUGUCAUAUCACUUCUUGCAUUUCUAAAUAAUAAUGAAGACUAACAUUUUUAAGUAUUAGAACAAAAUUGCAUCUAACUAUUGAUCUUUGUUACAGUGUUGUUGUGAAUCAUUCAAUGAAUAGGCAAGUUUAAGUUAUAUUUAAAAUGCCAACAAUUUGAAAAUUGUCCUGUAAAUAAAACACAAAUAUUUUAGAAUACAUAAUGUAAUGUGUCUAUACAUUUUCCAGCAGCAUUACUUUAUUUUACAUUUUUGAUAUAUUGGUUUUAGAAUGUCUGAUAAGCAACUUCAAUAGUUCUUAAUAACCUAAAGCCAAUUUGUUUAUAAGAUUCUUGGUUUAUAGGUUAGACAGAGAGAAGGAUGGCUAUUUGUAUCCAAUUUACCUGCUUAACAACUAGUGAAUGCAGAAUCUGCCUUAGUAUUUAAAAUGAAUUCCUGUAAGUAAGAUAAAUCCAUUGAUGUGACUUUGCUUAUUAGAUUAUACUGAAUGAUUACUGAAAUUAUAGGUAUUGUUCAAUAACAAACUCCUAGACAUGUACAUACUGUAACAAUUUGCCAUCUCUGCCUCUAUAAUUACAUAACAAAAUGCAAAUAAAUAGCAUCAUA